GGCGUGUUGGUUAGUGCAAUGUGUUAGCAGGCGUGUAGUUUAAUGCAGUGUGUUUGUAGGUCCUGGGUUAAUGUAUACUGCGUGGUUAGCAAAGGAGACCUGGGUUUUUAUAAAGAUGCCAAGGGAUAUAAAUCAGGAGUAACCUAUAAUGGAGAGCCUCUCAUCACUCUGAGUGAGUCCAACUGCGAAAUUGCUAGCAACUACAAGAAGAAGAAGUUUGUCUUUAAAGUCCGAAUGAAUGACGGUAGUGAAUACCUGUUCCAGGCUAAGGAUGAGGAGGAAAUGAACAACUGGAUCAAGACUAUUUCCACAGCCAUCACAGAACAUGCACAAAUCGCUCAGCAAGGCGGUCAGAUGCCUCUUACUACCUCCUCCACUGAUGAAGGCAAUCCUAAACGGGACAGUGACCGAAGAUUCAGUCUCUUUGGAAAGAAGAAGUGAGGACAAGAAAACACCAUUGGCUUUGUAUUGCACAGAUUGGAUCCUUACAGUCGCUUAUAGGGACGGAUUCUCACUUGGUGAUGUAGAAAUUGUUUCAUCUUGAACCUGAGCAACUAGUGUUUUUAAUUUGACAAUUUAAACAGGAGUUGGACAAUUGCAAGUGCAUAUUUUGGAUGGGUCUGUGACAAUUUUCUAUUAAAAUCCUCUUCCGCUUUUGGUGCACAUUUGUGGAUCCAAUUGGCUGUUGACUGGAAUUCUCUGACCUAAUAGUGUGGGAUCUAGUCCUGGUCGGAUGUUUCAGACCCGGCACGUGAUCAGAUUGUUGGCUUUUGGACCAAGUUGUCACUUAAUGCCCCGGUUCCAAAUGUUCAGCUGCAUUUUGGUUUGAGAAUAAGUGAAUGUGAGAAAUGUCCAAACUUUUUUUCUGUUAAUUAAA